GAUUUCCCCCAAGCCUCACUCAAGGCUCAAGGAAUCUCAACUCUCUCUCUCUCUCUCUCACACACAAAACACACACACUUAACAAACCACAAAACCCUCAAUGGCUGCAAUAGCAAUGAAGCUUUGGCCAUUCCUAUACUUGUUUCUAUUCAACUUAUUUCUUUAUGGCACCCAUGGAACUCAUGGUUUCGAGGACUCCUUUGGUGGAUGGCAAACUGCCCACGCCACAUUUUAUGGGGGCAGUGAUGCUACUGGCACAAUGGGGGGAGCAUGUGGAUAUGGUAACUUGUACAGCCAAGGAUAUGGGACUCGCACUGCAGCUCUUAGCACUCCUCUAUUCAACAAUGGCUUGAGCUGUGGAGCGUGUUACCAAUUAAGAUGCAGAGAUGACCCCCAGUGGUGCCUCCCUGGCAUUAUCACUGUGACAGCCACCAACUUUUGCCCUCCUAAUAAUGCUCUCUCUAAUGACAAUGGUGGCUGGUGCAACCCCCCUCUUGAACAUUUUGAUUUGGCAGAGCCUGCCUUCUUGCACAUUGCUCAAUAUCGAGCUGGAAUUGUACCCGUACUCUUUAGAAGGGUUCCAUGUGAGAAGAAAGGAGGAAUAAGGUUCACCAUCAAUGGCCAUUCUUACUUCAACUUGGUUUUGGUAACAAAUGUUGGGGGUGCAGGAGAUGUCCGGGAAGUGGCAAUAAAAGGAUCAAGGACAGGAUGGCAAACCAUGUCAAGAAAUUGGGGCCAAAAUUGGCAGAGCAACUCAUACCUCAAUGGCCAGAGCCUGUCUUUUAAGGUCACCACCAGUGAUGGCAGGACUAUCACCAGCUACGAUGCUGUGCCUGCAGGUUGGCAAUUUGGGCAGACCUUUGAAGGAGGUCAAUUCUAGAUUAAAUUGUAUGUUUAUAAGAAUAUUCCUUUCAAGGAGUGAACAUAGGGAGAGAAAACUUGGCCUGUUAAUGUUGAUUGUUGAGGUGAAAAGUAACACCUGCAAGGCUUUUAUUUUUAUCAAAUACUAUAUAUUUAUAUAUAUAAUAUUUUUUUGGAUGAAUAAAGAUAUAUAUAAAUAUAUAUUAACACAUGUAUGUAUGUAAUGCUCUAUAGUUAUUUUCAUUAAUACGAAGAAUUAUUAGAUU